CAGCAGGGUUUCAAUGAUUGCUUUUAUUGUUUUGUGUGUGUAAUAGGACACAAUUGUGUCUAUAUUUAAUAAUCUCAUUGUAAAGCUUGGCUUGAAAUUAUACUGUAGUCAUAGUGCAUCAUAAAAGUGUUUGAUUAUUAAAUGACAAGUAAAGGCUUUAUACAGAAAGAAAAUUUGAUUGUAAAUUGGAUUUAAAACUACAAAGAGUGUAUAGCAUAUGCUAAGUCGAUAAUCCUGUUUUAUUAUUUCUCAAAGAACAGAGUCAUAUAGAUUAAUGUUCUUAAUCCUGUAACAUGAUGUCGCUGUCGACCCCUUUAGUGGAUGCUAUUAAGCAAAAUAAUUUUCGACAGGUCACACUGUAUCUGGAAGCCGGAUGUGAUGCUAACGAAACGAACACCUCUGGAUGGACACCCCUGAUCGCGUCUAUGGUGUUUAUUAGUAAUGAAGAUGCCAGAGCACGCGUCAUUGAUCAGCUGAUCAAAGCUGGCGCUGACGUCAACAAGGCGGACAAUCGAAGAAAAUGCCCUUUGACCUUCGCCUGCUCGCUAAAUCAAAAAGACAGCGUGAAACGUCUGCUAGAACAGAAAUCUAUUAAUUCUGACUCAACAGACUGGAAUGGCUUGACGCCGCUGAUGCAUGCUUCUGCUCUUGGUCAUGAUGAGGUUGUCAGAACUAUGAUGGAGUACUCGAGGACUGGUGUUGUGUCCAUUAAUAUAGAAGUCAAGGACAAUGACGGGCACACCGCUUUGGAUCACGCCACCCAUAGCGGUAAUUCUGGAGACAGUGUUCGCGAGUUGUUACAGAACUAUAGUGAAGAUAUUGGUGCCGUCAGAUGUCCGUCGCCAACUGGUCACGGUAAUGAAAUAGAACUUGUAGAGAUUAGAUCCGUCUCUAGGCACGGACACUCACAUUUUAAUUCAGACUCUUUGAAUAAAACAGCAAUUCAUCCAUCACAAGAUCGUAAAAAGAAUGACUUGACAUCAGAGAUCCAGACCUGGGCGUCUGAAAUUAAAGAGCAACACUUGGAGGCUGAAAGACUGUCCGCUCUGAGACCUCCAUCAAGCUUGACAAAGUCUGCAUCGCAUGUGGACAAAUCAAGACACAAACUUGGUAGUGAACGAUCUCCGUCAUCGCUCUCUGUUCCCGAUGCCCAUCACGUGCGGCCACACUCUCCGUCUAGACUCAGAAACCGGAAAGACGACCACAGCGGAGACGAAGACGAUGAAGACUUAAGCCUUGAAAGUCUCUCGGACCUUUUGGGAACAGUCCGUCAGUACGCCAAAGAAAUUCAUGAGAUCUACGCCCCGAUCCAAAAAGAUAAGGAGGAAAGAAUGCGCAAAAAGUCUGAGAAAAUGGAGAGAAGAAAAAGCAAGGACUCCGCUUCUAAGAAUAGUAAAGAUAAUGCAGACCGUUUCUUUAAGCCAGGACAGCAUGAAGUUCGCGUGGAGGUUCAUAAAAUCGAAGAACAAUUAAAGCAACAAAUUCAAGGUGGAGGUCGUGGACGGGUCAAUCAUUCUAAAAGCCAAGAGCCGUCUCCGACUCACCCAGUAGCCUCUUUAAUUGUUGAGAACGAGCAGUUAUCAAGCACUUGGCCCAGAGGGCGCCACAGAGCCCAUUCGCACGAAAGAUUCUGGUCUGAAGGCAACAUAGUCAAACAUAACUCUUUGAAAGCAUCCACGUCUGCGGCAGGAUCUUUCAGGCCACCGCUUCCAGCCGACUGGAACCAGGGUUCAAACCUUAAAAACGAGAAGGACAUUCUAAGUAAAGCAUUCCAACGUUUGAACAUCCCCAGCAAAGAUCCUAUCUUUGACUACAAAAAGAAUGCUUCAUCCAACCAACAGCUACAGAAACAGCUCAUGUCAUCUCGCCAAAGCGUCAUUGACGUGGCCAAGCAGCACCUGCAAACCCGCCAGGGACCCUUACCUAGCAUUAGCAUAAUCCCUCCACCAAGUGAGCAUGGGGGUCUCUGGCGUUCUGGAGGUGGCGUUCUGCCUUCUGCUCCCCAACCAGAAGACGACUCCCAGUCGUACGUCCUGCCAUCCACGCCCACAUAUGAUACCAACGAGAAUAGGGACUUUGUCAUUCCAAUGGGACCUGUCUCCACAGAAGAUAAACCACUUCGACACUCCAAAAACGGAGGUAUAGGGGUAAAAUCAAGUAGCAAGGUUGGACUUAGGAGAAGGAAAUCUGUAGAGCAAGGUCUAGGUCAAGGCAACGUUGUCUUAGAGAAAUAUUGACUUUCACUGAGACAUAGAACCAGUUCACUACCUGUUCACCAUUUCAUGUUAUAGGUUUUAUGCCAGUAAGCAUUGUGUUGAAGGCAAAUUAUAUUAUGCACAGUAUUUAAUUAUUGAAGCUUUAACACACACAAAAAAACAACAUUUUGAUAACUUAAUUUACAUCGAGUUGAUUGCUUCAAAUCAAAAUUUUAGUACAUGAAUAGAUCGAAUCAGAAUCAUUUUAAUUCAUUUGGUGGGUAACUCAUCAAAAUUUUCUGAAUUACUUUGGUUAAAAAUAGGCUAAAUGACCUCUAAUUAAAUAUAUAGUCUAAGUGACCUCUAAUUAAACAUGCCUAUGUUUCUGUUCCAGAACUUGUGAACACAACUUUUUCAUGAUUGUCGACUAUGUGCUUUGAAAUAAAAGCACAGUUAAUGCAUUCGAGUAGAUGUUUUUAUUGAAAGACAUCUUAGUUGAUUAUGUACAUUGAACAAAGUGAUUAUGUACAUUGAACAAAUGAUCACUCUCUUAGAUGCGGAAACUUUUGCUUUAACCAUUUAUAUUCUAUCUACAUUCAUUUUUUUUCUACAUUUGUAUUUUAUUUUUUAGUUUAAAUUUGUUUAAACAUUCAAAAGUAUAUCUACAUCUCGAUUUUUAUCAAUUAUGGCAAUAGAUCCUAGUUAGCCUUCAUUAUCAUUUGAUUCAUAUGAUAUUUGUACUAGUACACAGAUUGAAAAAAGAAUUUUAGUUUUCCCUAGAUAUUUUUUUCCCUCCAAAACACUAACAGCUUUUUAUUUGGACGCUCACGUCAUAUCUACGCAGUCCUAGCUGUGGUCUACAUAUUUUGCCAUAUCUAGCAAAAACAAAACCAUUGUCUGCCGGUGGUCGGUUUAGGUUCUGUGUCCGUCUACGUCUGUCUUCGACAGUAACUUUCCUUUUAGUCUCAAAUAUGUAUGCCGUGGCCUUUAUAAUAAAUCUCCGUCUGUCUCGUUUGGAAGCCGCCUGCUGCUAGGCAGUUAAAGCAAGCUAGUCUUAAAAGCAUUUCGGAAGUUUUAAACGCUUUCUGUAUAGUACCAAACAAGAUUGUAGCUGAAUAAAUCACUCCGCUUAAAAUAAAUCAGUGGCUUUACCAAACAAUAAUAGUCUCAACCCACAAGUGAAAUCUGUGGUUGAGAGGCUUGAACUGCUUGGCUACCUAUCAAGAGGGCUUGGGUUCGACACUCGACUCGAACAAAAUUGUGUUUAAUGGGCGCCUAAAGGUAGCACUGGAAUCUUCUCCUAGAUACCCCCUUUCCCCCAGUGGUCUGCAAAAGAGAUUGGCCCAUAGCGCACUGAGCAUGCUAUAAGCAUAAGCUAUAUGAAAUCAUUUUUUUCAAAGUACUAUAAAUAAAAAAACAGAACUAGGGUAGUCCUAACUUAUAUUUGACUUUAAAAUUUUUUUAAUCUCAAUUUCUUCUCUUAGUUGAUUUAUAUCAUUUUAUCUUAAACACAAAAAGUAUAAAUAAAUUUAAAAAAUAAAACAGCCUCUGCUAAAUUUCAAGGCCAGACACUUUAUCUGAAGAUAGACUGAGACACUUUAUUUGAAGAUCUAUUCAUUGAGACAGUUCAUCCGAAGAUAGACCAAUCGAGAUAGACCCAUUGUGACACUUUAUCUCAGCUGAAUAGAAUGCGUGUAUUGUUCAUGCUGUUUUCUGUCUCAGCAUCAAUUCAUUAUUCAUGUCAUUCAUUAAUACAGCUCAAUGAAUCAGGUCAGUUCACUCAUUAAUGAUUCGCAAUGCACCAGGUCAAUAAGAGGAAUAUCUUCCUAACUAAUCGAUUCUUCAUGUCUGUUAGCGAGGUCAACGUCAGCUACGUGAAUUAAAACUUACAAAAAGUGACAUUUUUACACUGCCAAUCAGCUCUCACACUCUUCUAGAUCUAAGUUGAGACACAAAACAUCGUGAGGAUCUAGAGUUCAAAGAAAAAUCACAGAAAUUCUGUUCUUGAAUUUCCCCCCAUUUCAGAAAAUUGCUGUUUCUUCUAGUUGUUUAUUGAGGUCUCAGAUUACAAUGCGAUUAAAUAACCAUUUUUUUAAAUUUCUGUAUUAUCAGUAAGCAUACUUAUACAUGGUGGCAGGCUGUUUUUCCUAACUGAUCUUCAGAACA